AUGACGGAAAAACGAACGCCGACAUCGGGCGCAAUGUCCGAGAAUAACGCCGCAUCCGCCAGGUCCAAAGCCACGACGGGGGAUGCAAGGAAAGAUGCGCGCCCAAAAGAAUCACCCGUAGCACCGGCAAACAAGUCUGAGUCGACUGGCGCUGGAAAUCAUGCCAGUCCCAAGAAGCGUCGCAAGGUGAAUCACGGUGAGUCCGUUGCUUGUCCCAUCCACAUGACACGGAUUCUGCGAUUACAGUCUCGCCCGGCUAAGACUGAAAGCUUACGUGUCUCGAUUUUUUCAGCAUGUGUCUAUUGUCGCCGCUCGGAACGUCCUUGCACUCGCUGUAUCAAACGCAAUAUUGGCCACCUUUGCCAUGACGAACUGCGAGAGCCCACAAAACGACGAGAUACGGAUCACUCAGCCGCGGAUGAGGAAGGAUCGUCGAACAAUGAGCUGACCAGCGUACAAAGUAUGCGUGCAAGCGUCGACCUCUCGGAUCCUGCAAAACCUCAAAGCCUUUCGGAUGGUACAAUCGGCAUUGCGCCCUCGUCGGUCCAACCGCCAAACAUCAUCUCGUCUAGCCAAAGCUUGGAGACCCAACAGCAGUUGAUGGCCUAUAAUGAGUGGCUGGGUGGGCAAAAUCAGUUUCAGGAUAUGCAUCCACUUCAUCCGUCAUAUAUGUUCAACGCGCCAGAGGUGACGAAUGAAUACAACUUACUAGGCGACUUUCUCAGUAACAGUCUCCUGGACGAUGGGACGCUGUUCCAAGAUCAGACCAUGCAAGGUCUGUACGCAGAUCCAACCCUUAUGGGGUCAGCAAAUCAGACCGGAGUUCUCAAUAGCCUGUCUGCGCCAACACAACCUCCACAAGCGACCCAGAGCCAAGAUGUACAAGGAGAAUCCAUUCUACGCUCGACAACGACAGUGGGGAAUGACAAAGCUCGUGAGACGUAUUAUAUGACCGCUGCAGACCCGUCUGGCUCUGACCCACCCGAAGAGCGAAUGAACAAGCUCCUCAAAGCGAAGUACGAUGCGGGACUGUUGAAGCCGUUCAAUUACGUGAAAGGUUAUGCCAAACUGAAUCAGUACAUGGAAAAGAACAUGCAUCAAGCGUCUCGACAGAAGAUUUUACGCCAGCUUGACAAAUUCCGUCCUAAAUUCCGCGAGCGAAUGCAGAGUUUGACUGACGUUGAGCUCAUUCUCGUGGAAAUGUGGUUUGAGAGAAGCCUGAUGGAGUAUGACCGCGUUUUCGCCAGUAUGGCCAUUCCAGCUUGUUGCUGGCGGCGAACUGGCGAGAUUUUCCGUGGCAACAACGAGAUGGCACAGCUGAUUGACGUACCUAUAGAGAGUUUGCGAGAUGGAAAAUUGGCCAUUCAUGAGUUCUUUGUAGAAGACCAGCUAGUCAGCUAUUGGGAAAAGUUUGGCGCUAUCGCUUUUGACAACACCCAAAAAGCAAUGCUUACAAGCUGCACUCUUAAGAGUCCCGGCAACCCAACGGGCGAAGGCAUACCAUGCUGUUUCUCAUUCACCAUUCGAAGAGACAAUCACAAUAUGUAA